GUUUACAAAAACAGCAUAGAUGCGUUUGUCAAGAUCUUGAAAAAUGAGGGCAUCAAGGGACUUCAAAAGGGAUUAACCCCUGCUAUUCUUCGUGAGGGGUCAAAAAAUCUGUUCAGAUUAGGAAUGUACGAUCCAAUCAUGCAUGCCAUGCACGAUCCCUCUUCUGGUCGCGCACCAGCAUGGAAACGUAUGGUUGCUGGAUCAAUAUGCGGCGUAAUGGGUGCAGCUUCAUGCAAUCCUUUUGAAUUGGUAAAAACAAGACUACAAUCUGCUUCUUCUCAGUCUCUGGCUAUAGGCCACCAACAUGGAUACACAGGUGUAUGGCACGCUCUCAAAUCCAUAUACAAUAAAGAAGGUGUCAGUGGAUUGUAUCGUGGGUCGCUUCUCAGUAUGAUGCGAUCCAUAGUUGGCAGUGGAACUAACCUAGCGUGGUACUCGAUGAUGAACGAAUAUCUGAUUGUCGAAAUGAAAUGGAACGAUAAUGCAUUAUUGGAUAUGGUCUGCGGGCUUUCUUCUGGCAUUGUGUCAUGUGCGUUUAUGAACCCUAUCGAUGUGGUGCGCACACGGUUUUACAAUCAAUCGUAUGUUAAUGGCAAAGGAGAGCUUUACUCUAACGGAAUUGAUGCCAUCAGAAAGAUUGCUCGGCACGAGGGACUUGGUGCAUUCUACAAGGGAUUCUUGACUCACUUUUUAAGAAUCGGACCGCAUUUCUGCCGUUGA